AUGGCGGAGGAAGCUUCACCAGCCGGCGCCGCCCGUCGUCCCGAGGACGCCGCGCCCACCAAGCCCGAAUCCGAGCGCGAGCCCGAGACCGUCCGCUUCCGCUCCAAGAAGCGCAAGAUCGGCUACCGCCAGCGCGCCGACGACGACGAUGACGAUGCCGCCCCCGUCGCGCCACGCAGCACCACCUUCACUGCCACCAGCGACGCCCCUCCCAAGGCCGACUCCGCGAGCCCUCGCCCCGACGCGCACGACGCCGCGCCCGCCUCCUCGUCCUCCUCCUCGCAGGAAGAGUCCGCCGUCGCCGCCGCCCUGCGCCUGCGCAACGCCAGGAGAGCCCGCCCCCGCGUGGGCGUCGGCCUCGCGUCCUCGUCGCACCCCGCCGACGAAGGGCCCGGCUCGUCGUCAUCGCGCGGGCUCGUCCCCCGGGGCGCAAACGCCGAGGCCGACGAGGAUGCCAGGCCGUCGCUGCGCGGCAUCGGCGACCGCUUCACCCACCAGACGGGCCUCGUCGCCUCCCUCAACGACAGGCACAUGACCGAAUAUAUAGAAUCCCGCCUGUCUAGCCGCACCGCGCCGUCGCAAGGCUCCGCGUCGCAUCCACUCGACGGCGAAGAGCCCCACCACGUCCCGUCACGUACCGGCCCGUCGUCGUCCAUCAAGGCCGUGACGGAGCAGCCGGCCAAGCACGGCAAGCUGCUCGAGGUCCAGGUCCCGGACAGGGUCUGGGACCGCCGCGACGAGGCGCAGCGCCUGCGCGCCGAAAAGGCCGCCGCCGCCGGGCCUUCGUCCAAGCCGCGCCGCGGCCGUAACAGGCGCGGCAGCGACGACAUCAAGCGCGACCAACUCGUCGAGCAGUUUCUCCACGAAAACAGACUGGACGUCUACGACGUUCCCACCCCUGCGCCGCCGCGGCCCUCCGCCCCCGGCGAUGACACCUCUGCCGACGACCGCAUGGCCGAGCAGUUCCGCCAGCAGUACCUCGACGAGAUGGCCCAGCGCCGCCAGCGCAAGCGGCCCGCCCAGCCCGCCUCGCGCCAGCAGCAGCCCCAGGGCGACGUCCUCAAGGGCCCCAAGCUCGGCGGCAGCCGCAACCAGCGCGCCGCCGUCCGCGACGCCCUGCUCAAGCAGGAAAAGGAGAAGGCGGGCAAGAGGUUCUAG